AUGAGAUUACUAAAGGGUCUUACAAAUCCCCCUCCAACCCAUCACAAAAGUCUGUUCCUCAGAACUGCAAAGAAGUUGAAUCUAGUGAAGCGCAUUGAGUAUUUCCCAUUUGGUUCUUCAAAGCAACAAAACGGAGAACCCUAUGGUUUGAAUUCACCACUUUCAAUGCCACCUUUUGAUUCACUAGCUCCAGUUUCCUUGCCUAAUCCAAAUGCUCCUCCAUUUUGUACUUACCCACCCAACACUCCACAAACCCCCUCUACAACUACUCCAACACCCACCACAACAUCACCUCCAAGCCCACCAAGCCCAGACUCACCUUAUCUAUACAUCCCACCAAUUCUCCCUAUGCAAAGCCCACCACCAGGCCCAAUAAUUACUAUCCCAGGCUCACCGCAAUCUAUCUCCGCCCCCAAUCUGCCCCCUCCCGGAACUAUGCCCGGGCCGCCAGAGUCUGUACCAAGUCCUACAAUCUAUUUCCCUGGCCCACCGCAAUCCAUCUUGACCCCUAGUCCGCCCGAUGUUGUGCCGAGUCCCGUUACCUAUAUUCCAGGCCCACCUCAAUCUAUCUCGACCCCUAAUCCACCCGAAAUUGUCCCAAGCCCACCCGAUUAUGAGCCCAGCCCUCCAGAUUAUUCUAUCCCGAGCCCGACUUCUUUCGUCCCGUCUCCUCCCUAUGGGUUCCAACCGAGCCCACCAGUGUUCGAACCUCCGGUUGUGUUUCCUCCGCCGACCACACCGCCAAGUCCAAAGAAAGGCCCGAUAGCGGCUUUGUGGUGCGUGGCCAAGCCGUCAGUACCCGACCCGAUCAUCCAAGAAGCCAUGAACUACGCUUGCGGGUCCGGAGCAGAUUGUGAUGCCAUUCAGCCCAAUGGGUCAUGCUUUCAGCCCGACUCAUUGUUUGCCCAUGCUUCAUUUGCCUUCAAUAGUUAUUGGCAAAGGACCAAGGUUGCUGGUGGCACAUGUGAUUUUGGAGGAACAGCCAUACUAGUCACAGCUGAUCCAAGUUAUGAUGGGUGCCGAUUUGACUAUGUUUGA